AUGGAUACUAUCAAAAACUUAAAUCUAAAUGAAGAAAUCCUUAAUUUAGAAGCCGUAACGACUGAACAUAUUAAAACUAUUACCAAAACCCUUGAGAAAAAAUACUUAACAUUUCGGAAACAUAAACUUGAAAAUUCAUCCAAACUGACUUUGUACUCAACAUUCAAAACUGACCACAACCUCGAAAACUACCUAGUAUUUAUAAAAGAUCCAUACAAAAGAAAAUGUCUUUCAAGACUUAGAGUCAGCAACCAUAACCUCCAAAUUGAGAUCGGGCGCUAUCAAAAUAUACUCCGUGAAGAACGCUUAUGUAAAAUCUGCAAUUCAGGAGAGGUGGAAAAUGAAAUCCAUCUCCUUCUCUCUUGCAAAGCCUAUGAGCAAUCUCGUGCAAACCUUCGAAGUUCAUUAGAGAAUGCUUCAUCUGACGAGAUUAAUCUAAACUCUCAAACUCUAUCAGCGGACCUAAUGAAAUCAACUGAUAGUGAAAUCAUAAUCAAACUUUCAAAAUUUGUUUAUUCAUGUUUCAAGCAAAGACUUAAAUACCCUGAAACCAGGAAUGCGGAUUAG